AUGGCGACCAAGCUCACGGCAAUAGCCAUUUUCAUGCUCCUGCUCACCUUUGGUGAGUCCAGCGACAGGGUUGAACCCCCAUCUUCUCAAGAAAAAGGUUUUGAUGAAAGUUCUUAUGCGAAAACGGUUUUGGUGCAAGUGCUUAUGCGGUACAUUGAGAUCCAGAUCACUCACCUUCAAAAGAAAAUGGAUUCGGUGAAAGUGCGUAUGCGGUACAUUGGGAUCCCGAUCACGCACCUUCAAAAGAAAAUGGAUUCGGUGAAAGUGCUUAUGUGGUACAUUGGGAUCCCGAUCACGCCCCUUCAAUCUGAAUCACCUCAUAGCUUUUUAUUUCCUGUAGAAGAAAACGGUUUUGAUGAGAGUGCUUAUGCGGUACAUUGGGAUCCAGAUCAUGCCCCUUCAAAAGGAAAUGGGUUUGCUGAAAGUGCUUAUGCGGUACAUUGGGAUCCAGAUCGUGCCCCUUCAAAAGACAAGGGUUUUGGUGAAAGUGCGUAUGCAGUACAUUGGGAUCCAGAUCAUGCACCAUCAAAAGACAAGGGUUUCGGUGAAAGUGCUUAUGCAGUACAUUGGGAUCCAGAUCAAGCACCUUCAAAAGAAAAUGGUUUUGGUGCAAGUGCUUAUGCGGUACAUUGGGAUCCAGAUCACUCACCUUCAAAAGAAAAUGGUUUUGAUGCAAGUUCUUAUGCGGUACAUUGGGAUCCAGAUCAUGCUCCUUCUCAACAAAACGGUUUUGGUGAGGGUGCUUAUGCGGUGCACUGGGAUCCAGAUCAUUCACCUUCAAAAGGAAAUGGGUUUGGUGAAAGUGCUUAUGCGGUGCAUUGGGAUCCAGAUCGUGCCCCUUCAAAAGACAGGGGUUUUGGUGAAAGUGCUUAUGCGGUACACUGGGAUCCAGAUCAUGCCCUUUCAGAAGAAAAUGGGUUUGGUGCAAGUGCUUAUGCGGUACAUUGGGAUCCAGAUCACUCACCUUCAAAAGUAAAUGGUUUUGGUGCAAGUGCUUAUGCGGUACAUUGGGAUCCAGAUCACACACCUUCAACUUCUGUUGUUCCUGAAGCACAAGCCAAACGCCACCAGAUCAAAGUUCAGACUGGCAUGUUGUUCUUGAAGAAGAAUCUGCGUGUUGGCACUGUACUGCCGCAAGGAACCAUGUUUGCACGAGGCGGUUCACCAAAGUCUGUCAAUUCUGUCUCUUCUCCGUUGGAGUCAAAGUACUUGUCAACCAUCCUUUCACAUUACAAGAUACCUCACAGCUCGAUAAAGGCCCAGCAGGUAGCUGACACCCUUCGUUCAUGCGGCAAACCGGCUGACAAGGAGGAGCCACACAUGUGCUUCUCAUCUCGCGAAGCAAUGGCCAGGUUUGCUACCAAGGCUUUGGGAGUCAGCGGCGCACGAGCAGCCAUUACAAGAAUUCAUGGGCAUGAGACCCCCAACACCAUGUAUGUUGUGGCACAGAUCGCCCAAGCCAGCAAUAAUGCGGUGCCAUGCCACCCUAUGGAUUUCCCCUAUGAGGUCUUUUAUUGCCAUCGGCCAAGAGAGGUGCAGUCUUUGACGGUGCAACUCAAGGGCUUGAAAGAUGGAACACCAGGCGUGACGGCAACAGCAAUGUGCCACAUGAACACAUCUGAUUGGGACGAGCAGUACUUUGAGCUGUUAGGCGGAGAGCGUGGUGAACCUAUUUGCCACUACAUGCCUACCAAUUACAUCAUGUUCUAUUAGAUAUAUUUACAUUAAAGUUCAUGAUAAACGAUGUAAUCUUGUUAUGUGAUCAAUAAAGUAUGCUGAGUGGCCGGAUUUUUG